UCGAAAAUCAAAACCCACUUGGAGGUUUACGGGAUUCUUUCGGAAGAAGGAAAAUGGCGGAGGUUUUAGCCGGAGUGUCUCAGGCGUCAUUAGUUUUCCGGCCGCGAGUCGGUGGAGCUCUGAGGAGCAAUAAUUUUUCAAUUAGACGCCUGCAAUUUCAAUCUACAAUCGGUAGAGGGAUUUCCUUUGAUUGUAAGAAAGUAGUAUCUGCUAUCCGUGCGACCGACUCUGAAAAUGACAUCGAGAUUUAUCCAGACGCCACUGGCGGUGAUUCUUCUGAUAAAGGGAUUCACGGCGAUGGAGGAGGUGGUAGCGGCGGAGGUAAAGGUGGUAGAGGCGAUAAUGAUGGCAAUAGCGGGGAGGGAGAGGAAUCUAAUGACAGCAGCCGGAAGAAAGCUUUGUCAAUGUCGCAGAAAUUAACUCUUGGAUAUGCAGCACUAGUAGGAGUUGGCGGCUUAAUGGGAUAUUUGAAAAGUGGCAGCCAAAAGUCGCUCAUGGCAGGGGGAGUCUCAGCCUCACUGUUACUUGUCGUUUAUAAACUGCUCCCCAGCAACCCUGUUCUUGCAUCGUCUCUGGGUCUUGGCCUGUCUGCUUCGCUACUGGUAGUAAUGGGAUCUCGUUUCAAGAAUUCGGGGAAGAUAUUUCCAGCCGGUAUCGUAUCUCUCGUGUCGUUUGUAAUGACUGGAGGUUACAUGCAUGGAAUUUUACGUAGCGCGCAUUGAAUGUAUGGCGUUUGAUGAAAAACUGGUGAGGAUAGUCAUAAACUGUAAUCGGCAGAUGUGGUUGUUGCUGUAGAAUCCUUUUUUCUGUGGAUUGGAGUCUUAGAUCUGUGGAAUUGAUUUUGAUGUGCCUUCAACUUUGUUCUUCAAGUACCUUUAUGCAACCAUAUGAACAAUGGUAAUAAUACUAGACUUUCAAUGUUCAAAGGUUAAUGAACAGGCUUGUUCUUGUUC